AGCAGUUCAUAGAUAAAUACCAACUUCAGUUUGCAGAUGACAGCUGCACCCUAUUUCAGCCAACCGUUCUUGAUGAGGAUCUGAAAGGGCGAUAUGAUGCUAUGGCGGAUUUGGAGUGUGAGGGAGAAGUUAUGGAAAAAGGAGGAAAAUUCAGUGGGAUGUUCAAAAGAUCCUCUAAACCAGCAGAACACUCAGUACCUGUGCAGGAUCAUUUGUCUGUAAACACUGAGCUCUCAGCCAACAAUGUCAGCCUUGACAACAACACUAAGGAGAAAGGAGGGAUGUUCAAAGGAAUUUUAAAGAAGUCUCCCAAGCCCUCCCAAGAUGUAACACAUGCUCAGGAUCAUUUGUCAACAGACAGUGAGCUUUCAUCCAGGCGAGGCAGCAAUGACAGUCUCGUUGUCAACAUCAACACUAAGGAGAAGGGAGGAGUGUUCAGUGGAAUGUUUAGAAAAUCCCCCAAGUCCCUGGGGGAUAGGACACAUUCUCAGGGUAAUCUGGAUGACCUAUCUACUCACAGUGAUCUCUCAGCCAGCACUGACAGUCUCUCGGAAAAGACCUCAAAGGAUAAGGAAAGGGAUGAAGACCUAUCAGACUCUAGGGAGAAACUCACCUUUUCUGACAAACACUUUGAAGCCAAGCAGGGUGGCAUAAUGGGGAAGUUGUUCAGGAAUCCAUUUAACUCCUCAACUCAGGAUAAGGAGAGGACUGAAGACACAUCAAGAUCAAGGGACAAACUAACGUCAUCUGAUAAACAUUCCAAUGCCAAAGAUGUCAAAAGCAAUCUUAUCCAGAGAGAUAGGAAGGAAGGAACUGAAAUGCCAGCAGUUGCUCCUAGACCCACUGAAGAGGAGCUGAAGGGUACAGACUUACAUGACCGACUGAAGAAGAGAGAGAUGGGCGACAAUCAGCUAAUUCAGGCUAACAGGAAUAUGAUCCCGAGAGAGAGGACAGGGAAAACUGCUGGAACUCCAGAGGUUCCUCCCAGACUCACAGAAGAGGACCAAUCUGAUGGUCCUAAAGAGGGUGAAUCUCUCCUCACUGGGGAAAAAGAGGGAGAAGACAAGGACGGAGAGGCCAAGAUGAAAAAACCUAGGCGACACAAUCCGUUCAUGCCACGCGGUGCAGGAGGCAAGGGUAAAGCCAUGCCGAAGAAGGUUGAAACCCAGCCGGGAGCUACAGGCAGUGACUCAAAAGAGAAUGACGGUGGAAAUAAAUCUUUAUUCGACCAAUUGGAGGAAUUCCGUGUUAAUCCGGCAGAGCCAGAGGAGCAGCAGGAUAUGGAUGGCCUGAUGGACUGGUGGGGCACAGUGGAGCAGUGGGAAGACAUGCCUCAAGAUGAUGACUUGACUGAAAAAGAGGAGGCCAAGGCUUUGCAGUGACAGCUGAGAAGGUGCAGAAAGGUAUCCGUGUGUUCAACAAGCUGUUCUCAGAGCGUGCAGAGAGCCUGUGGCAGCACG